GAGGCAAAUUUUAAUGCUAAAGUCUCUAUGAAGGGAAAGCGACUGGCUAUUCAUGCAGACCUCCGCAGGUUUAAGAUCUUCUCUAAUCAGUCAGCGUUGGAGUCACUUGCACUAAUUCCUCUACAGGGUCCUCUGAAGGCCAUGUUGCAGAUGUCAGUGGUUCCUUUGAUAAACAACUGGACAAAGAGAGGAGUUCAGAUUCCGCUAGCUGAUGGGAUGGAUUUCAUUGAGGAAGUGGUUGAAUAUCACAAUGUAAGUUAUGUUACAUUUUUAAUAUCAACAUACAAUAUAAU